UAUCUUACAUGUAAAAACAUAUUAAAUAAAAAAUGGGCUAAUAUCCACAGAUUGCCAGUUCUAACGUUCUUAUCAGGUGAUGUCAACUUAAUUGACAGGGAAUUGUUUACUAUUAAAAAUUAAAAUUUCAUUUUGAAGAUUUUAAAAUGGAACAUUCUAAUGAAUUAUUCCGAAAUGAAAGUAAAGCUGGUGGCUUCAGUACCAAGCAAGAAUCAAUGAAUAGUUGGGGGAAAGUAUCUCCUAGUAAAAGUUAUUGUUCAUCAAGUUCUACUUCUACUGAAAAUGUAGUUUCUACUUUGGAAAAAGAUAAAGCCACCACUUCCAAUGUUACUGUACUAAAUAGGCCUGAUGAGCCACAAUUAUUAGCUGGAGAAAAAAUUAUCGGUCAGUCUAGGGAUGUAACUUAUUUAUGUCCAUAUUAUGGACCUGCUAGAGGAGUUCUAACAGUAACAAAUUAUAAACUAACUUUUUGCUCUGUCGAUAAGUCUCCAAGUGUUGAUGUACCAUUAGGUGUUGUAUCUAGAAUUGAAAAAGUUGGAGGAGCCUCUUCGAGAGGAGAAAAUGCUUAUGGUAUUGAAAUUUUCUGUAAAGAUAUGAGGAAUUUACGUUUUGCACAUAAACAAGAAAAUCAUUCUAGAAGAGAUAUUUUUGAGAAAUUACAGCAAUAUGCUUUUCCAAUAUCGCAUAAAUUGAAAUUAUUUGCAUUCGAUCACAAUGAAAAAUUCUCUGAAAAUGGUUGGACUGUUUAUGAACCAAUAGCUGAAUUAAAAAGAAUGGGUGUGAAUAAUGAUAUGUGGAAAAUCACUAAAAUCAAUGAACAUUAUGAGAUCUGCGAUAGUUACCCUGCUGUUUGGGCUGUACCUACACAAGCAAGUGACGAUGAUCUGAAAGCUUCAGCAUGUUUCAGGAGUCGUGGUCGUGUUCCUGUAUUAAGUUGGAUCCAUCCUGAAUCUCAGGCUACCAUUACAAGAUGUUCACAGCCACUAGUUGGUGUGAGUGGUAAAAGAUGUAGAGAGGAUGAAAGAUAUAUUCAGCUAAUAAUGGAUGCAAACGCUCAGUCUCAUAAAAUAUUUAUAAUGGAUGCCAGACCUAGUGCCAAUGCAAUAGCUAAUAAAGCCAAAGGUGGCGGCUAUGAAUCCGAAGAUGCUUAUCAGAAUGCAGAAUUGGUCUUUCUAGAUAUUCACAACAUUCACGUUAUGAGGGAAUCAUUACGUAAGCUGAAAGAACUCUGUUAUCCAAGCAUUGAUGAAUCAAAAUGGUUAUCUGGAAUUGAAUCCACCUAUUGGUUGAAGCAUAUUAAAUGUAUUUUAGCAGGUGCUGUCAGAAUUGCUGAUAAAGUUGAAAACUUAAAAACCUCAGUGCUAGUACAUUGUUCUGAUGGUUGGGAUAGAACAGCCCAACUCACUGCUUUAGCAAUGCUUAUGCUGGAUCCUUAUUAUAGGACUUUGAAAGGUUUCGAAGUAUUGAUUGAAAAAGAAUGGCUCUCUUUUGGACAUAAGUGUCAACAAAGAAUAGGACAUGGAGAUGAUCAUCACUCAGAUGCUGAUCGUUCACCUGUGUUUCUUCAGUUUAUUGACUGUGUUUGGCAAAUCACACAACAAUUUCCCAAUGCUUUUCAGUUCAAUGAUUACUUCCUUAUCACUAUUUUAGAUCACCUUUAUUCUUGUAGAUUCGGGACGUUCUUAUGUAACAGUGAAAGGGAAAGGGUACAGGAACGUUUGAAAGAACAAACAGUAUCACUUUGGUCUUAUAUAAACAGUCAACUUGAUCUCUAUAAGAACCCGUUGUAUUGGGCCAAUAAUCACCAGAAUAUCCUGAUUCCAAUUGCUAGUAUACGUCAUAUAAAACUGUGGAAGGCUUAUUAUUGUAGAUGGAAUCCUAAUAUGAGAACUCAGGAUCCUGUUUAUCACAGAAUAAGGGAACUGCUCGCUUACAAGGAACAAUUGGAAAGUGGAGUCCUGAAUUAUCAAAAGGAACAACAGUGUCGAGUCUUGAGAACUUCCGUUUCCCCUGCUUAAACAUUUAAGGUGAAUCCACCAAGUAAUUCAUUACUAGAUAUAUUAAUUUAUGAUAGCCAAAUUAUUUGUUUUUCUAAAUUUUUUCUACUGGGUUAGUAACUAGUUCAGUUCAUAGCAACAAAAUUCAAAGCUUUACUGCUCAAUGAAAUAUAUAUUGCCUUCAAAUGAACUCAAUUUUGCUAUGAAACAAUGUAAAAGUUGUAGCAGUCAUUUUUUUGAGUUUUUUUUAUAUAUAAACAGUUUUCAGAUUCAAUUCAUGUAAAGAACGAAUUAAAUUUAGUUGGCAUAAAUAUCAUUUUCAAAAAACUAAUUUAUACACUAAUUUUGCUACUAUGAACUGAUAAACUUAAGAAUAUUGACAUUCAAUAAGUUUACUAGCAGAUACUCAACACCUUCUAAUAUGUUAAAAUAUAGAAAAAUGAACUGAAUUUCAAUUUAGUUUGAGCCUGUUUUUCAUUGAUAAAUGCAAGAGUUUUAUUUAAGUGUAAAUAUUCAUGUCGAUAUAAGUAUGACUAAAUGAAUUCUUUUUAUUUAUUUUUUUGAUAAUCAUUUAUAUUACCGCUGUUGAAUGUACAGAUUUUGACUUGUUCUUGUUUAGCUUUUCGAUUUAAUUAUUAUGUUAAAUGAAUAAAUUUUAUCUGAGAAAAUAA